AGCGACGACAGUCUUUCUCUCUCGCGAACAGUCAUUCUCUGCUGCAAAUCUCAGACUCUCUCGUCCGUCCUCAUCACCAGGCCUCUCUACGAGCGGAUUAGGAACUGGGAUUUUUCUGCAUUUUUUUUUGGAGGGGGGAGGUUGUAUUUUGCCAUCCGUGUUUCACCAGUAGUGUUGUUUUGGCUCCAUUUCUACUGGUUGAUAAUUCUUCAAUCAAAGAAUUGAAGGGCGGUUCUCUCUCUGUCGAUUUUUUUGGCAGCCUAACCUCGUAGAUAUCGGUCUCGAAAAUUCUCGUUUGAUCUCCUCUCUGAUCGGUUCUCUUCCAGCGCCAGCGGCUUGUUUUUCCUCACAUCGGUUUCGGGUUCAGUCAUGAUGGCUACUGGAAAUGAAGAUUUAUCUCAAGUUGAUCUGUCUACAGAGGAGAAAGACAAGCUUGUGGCCGAAGUAAUCCGUUAUGUUCUUUUUAAGACUCACCAGAAUUCGGGUUGUCCAAUUAAAAGAGAGGAGCUUACUCAGAUUGUUACCAAAAACUACCGUCAGCGGAGUCUUCCUGCUCUUGUGAUAAAUGAGGCCAUAAAGAAACUCUCCAGCAUCUUUGGCUAUGAAAUGAGGGAGCUUCAAAGGUCCCGCCCUUCCACUGCGGCUCAGGGUCACUCUUCCCAACAAAGUAAUGCUGAUGCAAAAUCUUAUGUUAUCAUAAGUCAACUCCCUGCUGAAAUAUACGGGAAAUAUGUUGAGGAUGUAAAUACAGCUCAUCUGACUGGAUUUACUUUUGUUGUAAUUAGUAUUGUGCACCUUUCUGGUGGAAAAAUCCUGGAAGAAACUCUUUGGCGUCAUCUGCAUAGGAUGGGAUUGCAUGAAACUGAUGAAAGUCAUCCAGUUCUAGGAAACAUCAAGCAGGCAUUGGAGACCCUGGUGCAGCAAAGAUAUUUACAGAAAGGCAAACUUAGUGGUCCUGAAGGCAAUACUUCUGGUUAUGAGCUAGCCGAGAGAGCUCUAGAUGGGCCAGUUAGUGACAGAAUUAAAGAUUAUGUAUCAAAGGUUGUCAAGAAAGAUGUUGCUGCUGUGGAUAUCGAUUAGCAGUAUACAAGGGAGUGGUCCUGUGCGUGACAUUAUUUGCCGGAAGCCGAUUGUGCAUGGCAAUAAUAGACAUUGCCAACAUCAGAUCAUGUACUUAUUUUUGCAAGACGCCUAGCUACGCACAGUAGAUUGUCAUGUGUAUCAAUUGCCUGGGUCGGUGGCUAUCUAUGGAUCUCUUGACCAGUGUUGUGUAAAUAUGAGCGUUAAAGAUAAUGUGAUUUUGAGUUUUCAUGCACCAACUAACGUCCCCUUAAUUGCAGAGAGGGAGAGAACCUUAUAAAAUAUAAGUUGCGUU